AUGUCUAAUUUAGCUGAUGCCAUCCGUGCCUCCAAGCAUGAAGGCAUGGAGCGCACGAUGGCUCUCCUGCAAGAAAGCUUUGCCUCUGCAGUCGAAGCCGAUCAGGCCUCUUGUUCAGCUGCCUUGAAAGCCUGCAGAAGACUCGCUGCAUGGCAGUCUGCUAUGGUCAUCCUGUCUGCGCUGAGUGCGAGCCAGAGCACUCCGGAUGUGAUCACAUGCGGCGGAGCUCUGAGCUGCCUUGCGAGGGCUGGGCAAUGGCAGCAUGCCAUGGCACUGCUGGCACAGAUGAAGGCAUGGCAGGUUCAGUCCAAUUGCAUUACGGCGAAUGCUGCUUUGAGCGCCUGCGAGAAAGGAAGUUCCUGGAUCCAUGCUUUGAGCCAUCUGUCUCGUAUGGCUGAAGAUCUUUUGCCUCCUGAUGCAAUAUCCUUCAGUGCUGCGAUCAACGAGAAGUCAAAGCCCUGGCCAUGGGUGUUGUGCUUGCUGAGAAAGAUGGAGAGGACAGUGAGCCCAGAUGUCAUCACAUUCAAUGCAGCUAUAUCGGCGUGCCGGCAUGCAGGGGGGUGGAGAGUAGCACUGCAGCUUCUGGAAAAGAUGCAGGCGGACCAUCUGCUUCCUGACUCGUUUACACACGGGGCUUUAACUACGUCCCUAGAGCGCGAGAGCAAGUGGGAGCUAGCACUUGCACUUGCUGCCGAUAUGAAGGGCCUCACCGUGGAAAUUUCUGCGUUUGCGCGAGCUGCCUUGAUAUCUGCAUGCGGGCAGGCAUCACAGUGGGUUCUCACUCUGAGAAUCUUAGAGCAGCUGGGCAAGGAGCGGAUACGACUCAACGAGGUGCUGAUCGGCGCUGCCAUUCGUGCUUGUGGGGAGGGCGGCCAAUGGCAUCAUGCCAUGCACUUGCUAGACCGAAUGGUGGGCGAAUCUGUGGUUCCAAAUCAGAUCAUUUACAAUGCCGCUGUCGGCGCACUCGAAGGGACGGGCCAUUGGACCACGGCACUGUGGCUGUGGGAUGACAUGUGCAUGCGCUUUGUUCAGCCGAAUCGGGUGACACACAAUGCGCUGAUGCUUGUUUGUGGAGAUGCAAGCCAAUGGUCGUACUCCGUCGAGCUGUUGCAGCUCCCUGAGGUCUCUUUGGAGGCCGACCUGUCGUCUUGGUCUGCUGCGAUGUUAGCCUGUGAUGCCGGCUCUCAAUGGCAAGUUGCAGUUGGGCUGCUGGCGACUUCGCCACUCGGGCAAGAAUCGGAUGCAGCUUGGAGGAGAGCUUUCGGGAUCUGCAUGAGUGCUUGCGAUCGAUGCCAUGAGUGGGACAUGGUUUUGGGCCUAUUCGGAAGCUUGAACCGUGCUGCUAUCGCUCCGGAUUCUGCACAUCUCCAACUCGCCAUUGCUGCUUGCAGCCGGCUUGCAAGAUGGCAGAUGGCAUUAUCGCUUCUUGCGACCGCAGUAAACCUGCGGAUCCCAUGCAGCAUCGCUUCGUGCACCAUGGCUGUCACAGCAUGCAGGGAUGCAGCGGCGUGGCAAGCUGCACUGACUUGUUUGGCAAGCGUGCCAGCACAUGGUUUGACUGCAGACCCUACCAUGUACGCUGCGACAAUCAGCGUUUUGGGCCAUGCCAGCAUGUGGCAGCGGUCGAUAAGCUUGUUGCAGGAGACACUUGCCCAAGAAGAGCUGCAACUUGCUGGACCUGCGGUGUGCGCCGUCAUCUCUGCUUGUGACAGAGCCAGUCAAUGGGAGAAGGCACUACAUGUUUUCCAGCAAGCAGCAGCCGAAGACACCACUCUGGAAGUUUCCCUUGCGACCGCUGGCAUUAACGCUUGCCGAACUGGCCGGAAAUGGCAGCAUGCGCUAGUGCUGUAUCACGACGUCCAAGAGCCGACCAUCGUGUGUUGCAAUGCCGCACUAAGCGCUUGUGCUGAGGAAGGGGUCUGGCAGAAGGCUUUCUGCCUCUUGCAGCAGCUCCAGUCCUCAGGCGCGUUGCCAGAUGAGGUCAGUUGUGGGGCUGUGCUCAGUUCAUGCGAACGGGCUAGCCAAUGGCAAUUAGCGUUGGAUGCGUUCUGGAUGCUGGGGCCUUCGGUGGAGACUUUCAAGAAUCCCACGCAGUGCUACGACAUCCUGAAUCGAGUUUUUGCUACUUCAACACAGUGGGAGCAUUGUCUGGCACUUGCCGAGACGAUGCUAUUGUGCAGGCUCUCUGCCAACGGUAUGCACGUUGCAUCCACUGCCAGGGCCGUACAGUCGGCUCUGGGCAUAGGCGCAUCUCAGAAACUGCUUCGUGAAGCACUCGAGCGGUGGAAGGCUCGGGCCACGCCUGAGCAACUUGCGGUUCUGAACUACGAUCUGAGAUGCUUAUGCGACAGGCCAGGAUCACCAAAUAUCUUGGCCGCGCGGUCCGGCAUUGUCGCGGUCGCGAAGCCUCCGGAUACAAGCACCGAAGACAUCCUGAAGGAGUUGGCAGACUCAGUUUUGGAAGUGUCCGGUUCACGGAACCUUGCCCAGUUCACCUCUUGUUCGCGCCUCGACCUCCCCACUUCUGGCGUCCUUGUCGUCGCUCACGGUGGAGACGGAUCCCCUGCAGCAAACUGGCUUCAGGCACAAUUUGCCAGCCGGGUCUGCGUGCGAAAGAACUACCUUUGCGUCUGUGUCGGCCGUACUUUGGGGGAAGUGGGUACGAAAGGUGAGAUCACAACGCCACUUCUGCUGAAGCAAGGCGAGGGCAUGUCGGGAGUGGCUGUGCCCUCCGAUGAAGGCCUUGAGGCGCAUACGCUCUACGAAGUCUUGGCUAGGCACCCAUUUUCCGCCCAAGCAGAGGGAGAGGAUCCUGAAUUGAUUUAUCUGCGAGUGCAGCCGCUCACAGGUCGCAUGCACCAAAUCCGUGCCCAUUUUGCAAGCAUCUUCCGUCCGCUCCUUGGGGAUCGCAAGUAUUGCGAUGCGCUAGGGCCGCUCGGUUCUGUUUCUCCGCAAGAAGCAGAACAGGUUUUCGGGCUGUCCCGACUUUUCUUGCACUGCCAGAAGAUGGAGAUGCAAGAUCUCGACGGCCAACUGUUUGAAAUUGAGAUGCCGCUGUCUCCAGACUUGCAGCGCGUUGUCCGGCAACUGUCCGACCCUGGCACAUGGCAGAACAAAGCAAGAGCUCUCAAAGGCAAACUUACGAGGACGGGUGCACGUCUGGGCUGGUUCUGA